CGGAUUGAGCACCCAGAAAAUUAAAACAGCCUUUUUAAAUAUAACAAACCAUCACAAGCCAAGUCAAAACAGAAUAAAUCACGCACUUAACAAUCUUAUUUUAUUUUUAGUUCAUAAUUAAAGCUAUUCUUAACAGCUGGAAGAUGACAACCGUCUAGAGCCCACUGAAUGAAACGGCUUUUUCUGGUUUAGCCCAUCGUUUCAAAUCUUCCCACAACCCUAAAUAUAUUGUAGCAACGGAAAAUUCUUUUCACUUUCAUUUUUAUCUCAUCAAUCUAUUUCAAUCUGUGUUGUGUUUCAUUAAUGCAAUGGGGCGCUGGAUAAAACCAGAGGUUUAUCCACUGUUUGCAGCCACAGGCGUCGCUGUCAGUAUGUGUGUAUUUCAAUUGGUUCGGAACUUGAUAACAAAUCCUGAUGUCAAGAUUUCAAAAGAGAAUCGUCGCGUUGAUGUUCCAGAGAAUUGGGAAGAAGGGAAGAGAUAUGCAGAACAUGGUGUGAGAAAGUACGUGCGCGAAAGGGCCCCUGAGAUUAUGCCUACUAUCAACUCAUUCUUCAAUAACACUUCUAAGUGAACGUCAGAUCAAGAUGUUACUGGAUGAUAUGUUUGCAGUGGUGUUAUGAUUUGUUUACAAGAAACGACGCUUCAAUAAUUUUAGAGACUGUAUGUGAUGUAACUCAUUAAUGAGGAGUUUUUAUUUGUAAAUUGGAUUUUAAGCGAAAAGAAUGAAAAUGCUUUUGCACUUAUGAAAUGCCUCCUUGUAUAAAAGAUCUUCAACUCAAAUUGAUAUUUUUAUGUUUGUUUGCUUA